GUUCAAAUUUUAUAAACAGAGAAAAUCACUGUUAGAAUGUUUUGAGCCUACCCUAUCAGCUACCCUAAGUGCCAUCUUUAAUAUCUUUUAUAAUUGCAGCUAAAUUGCCUCCGACUUGCAAGUUGCAAACACACGUGCGCGAGAGUACUAUAAAACACUGCUUCAUUUCAAGGAUAUAACUGAGAAACAAAGCUGUAAUCUAAUUACCGUUACAACAGAAGGGAAAUAGCCAAUGGAAUAGCCACCGUAAGCAAUCACAGUAGCAUAUCAAAUGUGAAAGCUACCCCGCCGCCUUGGUUAAAAUUGGCGUUGCAUCGCUCUCUUUCUUCCAUUCUUCUUCUUCUCUGAUUAAAACACCUUAACUAAAAAUACUUUCUUUCCUCUUCACCGCCCGACAUGUCAACGGCCUCUUUUUCUCUCCUCCUCUGUUUUCUCUGUUUCUUCUCUUCCCUCAAUUCGCAAUCCGACGAGCUUCAAGUUCUCCUCAACGUCAAAACUGCAUUUCAAAAGUCGAAUACUAAUGUUUUCAAUUCAUGGGUUUCAAGUAAUUCCAUCUGUAACUUUGCUGGAAUCACAUGCAAUUCAGGCAAUUCUGUCACUGAAAUUGAACUCUCAUAUCAGAACUUAGUCGGAGUUGUUCCUCUUGAUUCAAUAUGCAAGCUCCCAUCCUUAGAAAAGCUCUCGCUUGGUUUCAAUUCCUUGUCGGGUAGUAUCAGUGAUGACUUGAAUAAGUGCACAAAUUUGCGAUAUCUAGACCUUGGAAAUAAUCUUUUUAGUGGUCAUUUUCCUGAAUUUUCUUCUUUGAGUCAAUUACAGCACUUGUUCUUGAACCUAACUGGGUUGUCGGGUGUCUUUCCAUGGAAGUCACUGGAAAAUAUCACGGGUCUUGUUACGCUGAGUUUAGGAGACAAUCCCUUCUAUCCAACUCCAUUUCCAUUGGAGAUUGUUAAGCUAACCAAACUGAAUUGGCUUUACUUAUCGAAUUGCAGCAUCGGUGGCACGAUUCCACAAGAUAUUGGAAAUCUUUCCGAGCUCAUAAACUUGGAACUUUCCGAUAAUAAUAUGUCCGGAGAGAUUCCUUCCCAGAUAGGAUUGCUCAAGAACCUCUGGCAGCUGGAGCUCUACAAAAACAGCUUGACCGGAAAAUUACCAGUUGAAAUUGGAAACCUUACAAAACUGGAGAAAUUCGAUGCGUCCAUGAACUAUCUUGAAGGUGGUUUAUCUGAAUUGAGAUUCUUGACAAACCUGGUAACUCUGCAGCUAUUCGAGAACGAGCUUUCUGGUGAAAUACCAAUGGAGUUUGGCCAGUUCAAGAAACUCGUAAAUCUUUCUCUGUACGGGAACAAGUUAACCGGUCCUCUUCCUCCUCAGCUUGGUUCUUGGGCCAAUUUUAUUUUCAUCGAUGUCUCAGAGAAUUACUUGACAGGUCCGAUUCCACCAGAUAUGUGCAAGCAGGGGACCAUGGAAGCGCUUCUCAUGCUCCAAAAUAAUUUUACCGGGGAAAUUCCGGCCAGCUAUGCGAGUUGUACUACGUUGAAGAGAUUCAGAGUCAGUAAAAACUCGCUUUCGGGCACUGUUCCUGCUGGAAUUUGGGGAUUGCCCAUUAUGAACAUAAUCGAUAUCGAGUUUAAUCAAUUUGAAGGUCCAGUGACUUCUGAUAUUAGGAACGCCAAGGCUCUUGGACAGUUGUUUCUGGGAUACAACCGAUUAUCCGGUGAAUUGCCAGGGGAGAUUUCGGGAGCUACGUCGUUGGUUUCGAUAAAGUUAAACGACAAUCAAUUUUCAGGCAAGAUACCGGAGACAAUUGGAGAACUUAAGCACCUAAGCAGCCUUCAUUUGGAGAACAAUAUGUUCUCUGGUUCGAUUCCAGAGUCUCUAGGCUCUUGUGAUUCUCUCAGCGAUCUAAACAUAGCUCAUAAUUUGCUUUCCGGUGAAAUCCCAUCAUCCAUAGGAUCUCUACCGACUCUAAAUUCUCUGAAUUUAUCAGAGAAUCAACUUUCAGGUCAAAUUCCAGACACCUUGUCGUCUUUGAGUCUAAGCCUCCUUGAUCUAACCCACAAUAGGUUAACUGGUCGCAUACCUCAAUCUCUGUCAAUUGAAGCAUACAACGGAAGUUUCGCCGGAAAUUCUGGCCUCUGCAGCCAAACAGUGAGCACUUUUCAGCUAUGCAAGCCUGAAGCCGGGAUGUCCAAAGAUGUCCGUACGCUUAUUGCUUGCUUUGGUGUAGGUGCUGCAAUAUUGGUUCUCUCACUUGUAUACUUCUUGUACUUAAAGAAGAAAGAAAAGGAUCAUGAACGUUCAUUGAAGGAAGAAUCUUGGGACGUAAAGUCCUUCCAUGUGUUAGGCUUCGGUGAGGAUGAGAUUCUAGAUUCCAUAAAGGAAGAGAAUUUAAUAGGAAAAGGAGGUUCUGGAAAUGUGUACAAAGUAGCACUUGCCAAUGGUAAAGAACUUGCUGUGAAACAUAUUUUGAAUACAGAUUCCUGUGGCCGGAAUAAGAGCUGGAGCACGACACCGAUGCUUGCUAGACGGGGAGGAAAAUCUAAAGAAUUUGAUGCUGAGGUGCAUACCUUGAGCUCAACAAGGCAUGUCAAUGUGGUGAAGCUGUAUUGUAGCAUUACCAGUGAGGAUUCUAGCCUGUUGGUUUACGAGUAUAUGCCUAAUGGUAGCUUAUGGGAUCGUCUGCAUACUUCAACGAAGAUGGAGCUUGAAUGGGAGACGAGGUAUGAGAUCGCUUUGGGAGCAGCUAAGGGACUGGAGUAUCUGCAUCAUGGAUGCGACAGACCCAUAAUUCACAGAGAUGUGAAGUCCAGUAAUAUUUUGUUGGAUGAGUUUUUGAAGCCUAGGAUAGCUGAUUUUGGCCUGGCCAAGAUUGUUCAAGCCAAUGGAGGCAAAGACUCCACCCAUGUCAUUGCUGGUACCCAUGGUUAUAUAGCUCCAGAAUAUGGAUACACAUACAAAGUCAGUGAGAAGAGUGAUGUUUACAGCUUUGGAGUGGUACUAAUGGAGUUGGUGAGUGGAAAGAGGCCAAUAGAGCCAGAGUUUGGAGACAACAAAGACAUAGUAGAUUGGGUCUCCAGCAACUUGAAGAGUAAAGAGAGAGUGUUAAGCAUAGUAGACUCCAGAAUUCCAGAAUUUUUCAAGGAAGAUGUUGUCAAGGUAUUGAGAAUUGCAAUUCUCUGCACUGAGCGGCUUCCAUCACUAAGACCCACCAUGAGAAGUGUAGUUCAAAUGCUAAGAGAAGCUGAACCUUGUAAGCUGGCAGGUAUUGUCAUUAGUAAAGAUGGUGCUAGCAAGAAAAAGGAAGUGACAGAUAAGGGGAAGUUCAGUCCUGGCGUUUAAGUGUCUCCAACUGGUAUUUCUUGGAAAAAAAAGAAUCCAACUUUAACAUGUACUAUAUGUAGUGCAAUAUAUUAGCCAAUUUGUAAUUUUGAUGCAGAAAGCCAGUGCUCUCUUGUGUUAUUUUAAACAACUGAAGGCGAAAGAGAUCCCAAAAUCUAAUAAAAUUGAUGGAGGUUUUGUUUCUCAAA